AUGAGACUGGUGCUGUUCUGGAGGGGAGAGGGGUUGGCCUCCCUAGGAGGGGCCGUGUGGAGGAGAGGGCCCCGCACAGAGGACGGCGUGGAUGGCGGCUGCGCGGCGGCGGCCCCGGGCCCCGACGCCGAGCGCGGGUCUUCACAGGAGGGGGCCAGCCUCCGGGAGCAGGAGGCGCGGCUGGAGAGCCGCCGCCGCGCGCGCUCCUUCUCGCUGCCCGCCGACCCGAUCCUGCAGGCGGCUCAGUUCCUGCAGCAGCGCCAGCCGCCUGCCCCGAGCGCGGAGGGCGGCGAGGCGGCCGAGGACGCGCCGCUCGGUCCGGGCGACUGCUGCGCCAAGUGCAAGAAGCGGGUGCAGUUCGCGGACGCGCUGGGGCUGAGCCUGGCCCGCGUGAAGCACUUCAGCGAGGCCGAGGAGCCGCAGGUGCCGCCCGCCGUGCUCUCACGCCUGCGCAGCUUCCCGGCGCGCGCCGAGGACCUGGAGGGGCUCCCGGGCCUGCUGGCUGCGGUGGGGGCCGCGCCCCCCCGCGCGGCGCCGCCGCCCCGGCUGCAGCCCCUCUUCGAGCUGCCCGGGCCGAGCGCCGCGGCUGCGCGCCUGCGGAGACAGCGCGUAUGCCUGGAGCGCGUGCAGUGCGCGGCGCCAGGCGGCGCGGAGGUGACCGGCUCGGGCCGGGUGCUGGGCUGCCCCGGGCCGCGCGUCGUGGCCGUGCGCUACACCUUCACCGAGUGGCGCUCCUUCCUGGACGUGCCGGCCGAGCUGCGGCCCGAGCCCGGGAAGCCUCUGCCGCCAGACGCGCCGUCGGGGGAGCCUGGGGACGCCGAAGAGGAGGAGGAGCCCGGCGCCGAGCGCUUCCACUUCGCGCUGUCCCUGCCCCCGGGCCUGCUGCCCAAGGAGGGGGAGGACGCGGACUCGCCGGGGCUCGCCGUCCACUUCGCCAUCUGCUACCGGUGUGCCCAGGGCGAGUACUGGGAUAACAACGCGGGGGCCAACUACACGCUGCGCUCGGGGCGCCCGGCCGACGCGCUCUGA